UUCGACUCGGUCAAAGCCGCUGAACAUACUCAGAAUGUUUGUUUCUGUCCGUUCAUCUAGCUCGGACGUCGUGCACACACGUCGUCCGUUGUGACCAGCGAUACGGACUGUUUACUCUCAAAAUCGACUGAGACCAGGUCUUAGGUAUAUCUAUCCACGCGACAUCUCGCAGGCUCAUGAAAUUACGUCCCAUUUCUCCCUGGUCCCAGCCCACGAGUUACAGCUCUAUCUCUCUUCAACAUUCCGUUCCGAGCUCUGUUGAGAGCGAUGGCCGACAUGUCUCUUGACUCUACCCCCGAUUCGCCUUCCGCUGCUCUCGUGCCUCUUGAUCCCAACUGGCACCCUAUCCUACAUGUCUCCAACCAAGUCGUCCUUUACAAUCCGACCAAUCACGCCUUGUCCAUUCACCACUCUGACGAAAAAUCCCAACAUGCCUCGCGUCCUUCUAUAUGCCCUUAUUGCUCACGUCCAAUGCCAAAUGACUCCGAUGAUGACAGCAGCCUGGAUGUCGAUUUUGAAGAUGUCACUUCCGCCUCUCGUGCCCCCAAUUAUUUCCAGCUCCUCGAGAUCGCCAACGAAACUGCCAGUCGACCAGGAUCGCCUCCCCUCGAAGUCGAAGACCACACCGAUGGUGCCACUGGGACAAACACUUUCAAGCCGGAAUCGAUGGCCGAGGGCUAUUUCAAGGCCUUUUUCCGAGAAGAGGCAAGACUGGGAAUGGGCGCCAACGGAAGCGUCUAUCUCUGUCAGCACGUCCUCAACGGAAAUCCUCUAGGUCACUUCGCGGUCAAGAAGAUCGCCGUUGGACAAUCAAGCAGCUAUCUCCUCCAAAUACUUCGUGAAGUUCGCCUGCUGGAGACACUGCGUCAUCCCAACAUAGUAACGUAUCACCAUGCGUGGCUCGAACCAGCCCAGUUCUCUUCUUUCGGACCUGCUGUCCCAACCUUACAUGUUCUUAUGCAAUGGGCCGAGGGCGGCUCCCUCGACGACUUCAUUGACGCUCGCUUGGGCCGACCCACCCAUCUUCCUCACGUUCACUCUUCCGGUCCUUCCACUCCUGGUGCGGAUACUUCCACAGCCGACCUCAGUGCCAGCCCAACGUCAACCCCUCCAUCAGGAGAUACAAUGUCUCGAGCCGCGCGUAUACGGGCUUUCCGUGCCAUGCAGCAUGCUUCUCCAGAGGAGAAAGAGAGGAUAAGAGAGAGGUUCGGACUAGGUUCUGGUGGAGGGUCUUCGAAAAGGCCGAAUUGGAAGGCGGUGCAUCUUUUGAGCGCCGAGGAGGUGAAAGGACUCUUCUCGGAUGUUGUCCAGGGUCUUGCAUUUCUCCACGAUAAAUCCAUCCUGCAUCUCGACUUGAAACCUGGGAAUGUGCUCCUAACGUGGGACGAAGGGAGUCUAAUCCCUCGAGCAAUGCUCUCAGACUUUGGUACCUCUCGAGACGCUAUCACCAACCCUCUUCAACGCUCAGGGAACACUGGAACUCUUGAGUACACAUCUCCAGAAUCUUUGCGCUCUCCAGACACUGGUAUACUUCACCAAGUCGACUCGAAAGCCGAUCUGUGGUCUCUCGGCAUGAUUCUUCAUAAACUGCUCUUCUUCCGACUGCCUUAUCAGUGGGCAUCCACGAACGACCGACCACAGGACGCGUCUCGUAACGAGGAGAACCCGAUGGACAAACUGGAAAGGGAGGUAUUGGGAUAUAUGGGAUUCAAGAGCAGUCGCGAAUUAGAAACAGUGUUUCUCUCGAGGCGACUUCCUCGCGCAUAUCUCAUCCUUCUUGAGAACCUUCUGCAUAUCAUCCCCAGCUCUCGCCCUUCCUGUGACCGUGUUGUUGCCGCCAUACGCGAGGGAAAACUCGACCCUCUCACAUCCACUCCUCGAAGCCGUAGUUCUACACCUACCCCGCCUUCCUCCCUGGUCCCAGUUAUCCACCGCCGCACGUCUCCUCCUCUGCCCUCGUUAUCCCCGUUUCCUGAUCGAUCUGCCCAAACGGCUGUACACGACGAUGCCGAUGGCAAUGCUCGUCUCUCCGAACUCAGUCCCUCUGCUGAGAUUGAUGACCCGGAAUUCACCUUACAUCCACCACCAGAAGAUAUAACAACACCACGGACGUGGGAUGACGAGAAGGUUGCGUUGUUGGGCUCCAACGCUUCACACACGUUGGAGGCUGAGGACGUCGGGUGGAAGGGCGCGUUAGUCAAUGUGUAUAGUGGCGCCACAAUCGGUUCCGCUUAUCGUUCUGUGGAUGCGAGGCGACGCUUGCUGUUCACCAAGACGGUCAAAUCGAGUUUGUUAGUUGCCAAGGUCCUCUCACUCUCAUAUUUCUGCCCCACUCCGAGGUUUCCCGGCAUCAGCAGCGAUGCCCUAUGGGCCUUAUGCUUAUUGGUCGGCGUGAUUGAUACAUUGACGGACAGUUGGCUGGUGUCGGCAGUUAUGCUUCUUCUGCAUGGACUGCUUUUGAGGGCACUGUGUGUUUUGAGCUGAGAUGGCUACUGUACUUCUGACGAAUUUGCACAGGCUAUGAUCCGAGGACUGUUUCUGAUCCUCCGUCCGUCCCUUCAUCAUAAUGCUUAUCUACCACACCCAUGGACACAUUCACUACUAUCUGAACACUCAGUGACGCAAUCUAUUCAUCCUAUCAUGAGUGUCUCGGUACUCCUUGUCCAUCAUGAAAUACUCUCGAACAAUAAAACACGAAAUAUUGC